AUGCAGAUAGUAGAAAAGAACCAAACAGGUUCAGUGGGCCAGCAAUCUUGCCGGAAGGCAGAAAGAGGCUCUAGGACUUUGGAGAUACUGGCUGUGUACUACGUCUGUGUGGUCUUUUGGGUAUAUCUGGGCCUGGGUCUGUUUAAGGUGUGGGAGGUACGAACACUAAGUGCUGUUAUUUGCUACGCGUUAUGUAUUGUAAAGCUAUUCAAUGAGAAGUGCUUCUAUAUCCAGAUGGUGCUGAGCAGCACACUGGGCAGUUCCGAGAAGGCCCAGCAGACAUUCCAGAAGAUCUGGCUUGGGUCACUAGCCGGCGGCGCAGUUGUUCUUUAUUUCUUGUAUUUACUCUACCUUGGGGCCCCAGGCCAGGCAGAAUUCUAUGCAGUUUCAUUGUCUCUGCUGCUGGCAAUGAGUGGGUGCUGCUUUGGGGCGGUCUUGGCUGAAGUUUACUGGGGCAGACGAGCAACUGAUGUUCAGAUACAGUGGGCUAAGUUGAACUUUGGAUUGGUGCUAGGAGCACAACUGUGUGCGCUGGCUUGGGUUUGUUUAGGACUUUGGUUAGGUUAA